AAGGACAGACUAGAGAAGGAGGCAGCGGGAUUCCUGCCUUAUGAUUAUGCCACCCUGAAACGGUGUCGUAUUUCUUGUCACUUGUAAUAUCGCAGUCGUUUCUCUUGUUGCUGGUUGUGUUAGCCGUUUCUCUGGUAAUAAUUGUGAGAUGACAAGGUCCACCAACGACAAAAGUAUAAUAUAGCCUAUAUUAUAUAGGCAAUCACAGGACUGCCGACGUUCCUCUUCCCUGCCAAUUGCCAUGGAUGCUCUCCAAAGGACAUGGGGAACCAACUUAGUGCUAUGAAGAUGUCUGACCUCUCAGAAAUCACCGUGAGCUGAAUGAUUAGCUUUUGUUGUAUUGAGAUAUGAUUGUGUUCCAGGGGUUACGUCGUGUCACUGCCCGAAGACUGCUGUUGAUUCUGGGCAUAAUAAUUAGUGCUAUCGUUGUGUUCCAGCUUUUUGAACUUCCCUCUGCAAACUACAUUUUGUCUCUGGUACCUUCUGCAGAGGUUUCAAAAUUAAUUAUGACUAGGAAGGCCACUCCCACCCUAAACUCCAAAUCAACUAAUUCAUAUGUAGCUGCUGUGGUGGCUAAUAAUACAAAUAUUUCUCACUUGGGAGAAGAUUCUGUCUAUGAGAAUGAAGGGAAUGGAGCAGAUGUGGAUUAUGAUCGUGCAUCAUAUGAUGAUGGAGUCCUCAGUAAUCCUUUUUCUGCAGAGGACAGGAACUUGGGCAAUUUCACAUUUGGAAGGAAUAUAAUUCUAAAUAAGAAUUUCACAAAACGAAUGGUUGAAGGUAAAUACAAUAUUUCUGCAAGAGAGAGAGCUGUAGAGUUUGCAAAUGGUCCUCUAGAGAAGGUGAAGGCAUUUAGAAACAAGUCUGCACUUGAAUAUGAUGGAAAUUUAAACAUUGGUGGUAAAGUUCGCAAUGGAGCCAGUUCUGUGUCCUUGCCAUUAAUGGCACCGAAAGUUUCUGCAUGUGGCAUGAACUUAAAUGCUGAUUCAAGAUCUCCUGUUUUGUAUGUUGCGCCAAACAUGAAUUUGACAAAUAAUUCUAAACAAUCUGUGCAAACACAACUCAAGGAUAAGAAUGCUGAGCUACUGAAGACUGUUCCUAUUACUUUGAACAAUAUUUCCACAAAAUUUAUCAAUUCUACUAGGAGGAUGAGGGCCAGGAGGGUAAGGAAGAAAACAACAUCUAUAUCCCAGAUGAGCUCAUUAUUUAUUCAGGGUCUUAUUGCUUCUAGCUCAAUGAAAGGGCGGUGGUCAUCUAUGGUUGAACGGCAACUUCUAUCUGCGAAAUUACAUAUUCUGAAUGCUCCUACUGUAAGGAACACUCCAGGACUACAUGCCCCUCUCUUUCGAAAUGUUUCCAUUUUUAAGAGGAGUUAUGAAUUGAUGGAACGCAUUCUCAAAAUUUAUAUCUAUAAAGAAGGAGAAAAGCCCAUUUUCCAUCAGCCACGAUUACGAGGAAUUUAUGCCUCUGAAGGAUGGUUUAUGAAACUGAUGGAGGGAAACAAACAAUUUGUUGUGAGGAAUCCUGAAAAAGCUCACUUGUUUUACUUACCCUUUAGUUCAAAAAUUCUAAAGGUGACAUAUGAACAGAGUUCACCCAAUCAGAAGAAAUUGGAAGAGUACCUGAAAAAUUAUGUGGGCUUGAUUGCAGAAAAAUAUAUUUUCUGGAACAGAACAGGAGGAGCAGAUCAUUUUCUUGUUGCUUGUCAUGACUGGGCUCCUGAGUUCACAAAGUCACUUGCGCAAAAUUGCAUCAGAGCACUUUGCAAUGCCAAUGUUGCUAGAGGCUUCAAAAUAGGGAAGGACACAACUCUACCUGAAACAAAUGUUCCGGAUGAGGAAGACCCCCUGAAAAAUCUUGGGGGGAAACCUCCCUCACAGAGACCCAUUCUGGCCUUUUUUGCAGGGAACCCACAUGGUUCUCUCCGUCCAAUCCUACUGCGAUACUGGGAAAACAAAGAACCUGACAUGAAAAUAUCUGGUCCAAUGCCUCGUGAUAGUCAAGGCAAAAAGGCUUACAGGGAGUACAUGAGAAGUAGCAAGUAUUGCAUUAGUGCCAGGGGUACUUCAGUACACACUCCUCGGGUAGUUGAGGCCAUUUUCUAUGAGUGUGUGCCAGUGAUCAUAUCGGAUAAUUAUGUUCCUCCCUUUUUUGAGGUGUUAGAUUGGGAGACGUAUGCUGUGUUCAUCCUGCAGAAAGAUAUCCCCAAUUUGAGAAACAUACUCCUCUCAAUUUCAGAAGAGAAGUACCUUGCAAUGCAGCAGAGAGUAAGGAUGGUGCAACGGCAUUUCCUUUGGCAUAAAAGUCCAGUGAAGUAUGACUUAUUUCACAUGGUCCUUCACUCAGUUUGGUUCAGUAGAGUUUUGCAGAUAAAAGUUGGAUGAGGACAUUAUUUUGGGUUCUUGGUACUGGGAAAGCAGGAAAAUGAGCAUUAAUCACAUGGAAGGGAAGCGAUGAUGCUCCUACAUUUCUUUCUUCAGUUCAAAUAAUGUGCUAGUGUAGAGGGUUUUGCAAAAUGGCUUAUCUGAAAUGGCUUUUGGCCUUUCAACUAUCAUAUGCAAAGAGGAGCUCCCCAAAUGGCUUUCUUCAGUUCUCUCUGUCAUGUCAUCUCCAAAAUUUGAAAGAUACUAAGAAAUAAAUGAAAAAAAUAUGACUUUGAUCCGAACAUGACUUGAGAUUGCAAGCUCUUUGAUUUUUGAAUUUUGAUAUCUAUCAUUAGGGUACCUUUUAAGGUGCAUUAUUAAUAAUAAUUGUGUUGCUUUCUGUUGUA